CAGCAACUGACAGCAAACCCCUUUUGUUCGUCGCGUAAUUUCGUCCACGCUCGCUCAGCACCGUCCCAAAACUGAUCCUAACCUGACAGCUGCCAGCAAGGCAAACGGCAUUCAACAGAUUAGUGGCAGCGUGUUCAGCACCAGCACAAAACGCACGAUGCCCAUUUUUCAGAAGAAGUUUGCACCGAAGGUGGCGCCACCGCGUACCCAGCGCCUCAACAUUGGCUGUCCACCGGCGGCCGAAGAUUUGGACGAUUUCCGCACCAUUACGCUGAAUCUGGUUGAUAAGCAGCUUUGCUUCAUCGACGGCGUCUGGCUGAAUGGGUUGCGGGCGGGCCAGGGAGGCAGCACGCCAACGGGCACAACAGCCGGCGCAUCGGGCGCUGGCGUCAACCUGACGGACGAUUUGUUGCGCAUGAAGCGGCGGUUGAAAACGGUCGAGCAGGAAAACAACAUGCUGCAGGUGAAGCUGGACGUGCUGGUCGAUCUGCUGACGGAGAAUGUGAUCGAGCUGAACGAAAUUAAAAACCAAUAAGGUGGAAUGCGUUGCGUUGAAUGUGUGGGAAGGAGAAAUAUUCUCUUUUUUUAUGAAUUAUCCUUGUGUCACUGAGCUUCAAGCGAAGAGGUAGGAACGAUAUGAAAUCUAAUUAGCUAAGGAGACAUAUUAGGGAUAGUUUUCGAUCCAUGUUGGUGUGGAGUUAAUGUUUUAAUAAAGUUAGCUUUUUUAACAUUUAAGAGUGUCUUUCAAAUGGCAUAAAAAUCAUCCAAAUAAUAGAAUACUUAAGUCGUUUCAUUUGCCACAGAAGUUCAUAUUAAAGUUUGUUUUUCGUCGGUAUUUAUCUUAAAUAUUUUCACGUAGGACUUAUUUUUUCACACUUCAGUUUGAGAUAUAACUUCGAGAUUUUAUAAAUUAAAUAAUUUACUCAUUAUAACUUACUAGAUUUAUUCACAAGUAGCUGAAGGUUGCUCCUGGUAAGAUAUGUGUCCUAUAUCUGAAGGCAUACAUCUUCAGUCUCUUCUGUAGUCCGUAAUAUAAAAAUAUGA